AGUCUUGUAUCAGUUCACAUUCAAAAAUAAAUAAUAACGUCCAUCCGUCACCAUGAAGGCCAAGUUGGUAAUUUCCGUCUGUCUCCUCCUGUCGACUUUGGGAACCUGCGCUGAUGAGUACACUGUCGCGGUCAAGUAUCACGGCUCCAAGUCUGGCAUGUCGUCCUGCGCGUCGCGGUCCGUCAACGUCAACUUUCGGUCCCUGGCGACGAAGUCAGGCGUCACUUACACGCGUCGCGCCAUCACCGCCGCAACCAACGACUGCCUGAAGACCCUGGAGGAGAAGCUCAAGCCUGCGGCCGACCUGCGCUCCUGUGCGGAGCAGGCCGCCAAGACCAACCACACGACCUUUGCUCUCCGUGACGGUGCGUGUUGGGGCACCCGCGUGCUUUGGCCCGUAGGGGCGCCAUGCACCUCUGGGGGGGACCACGUCAUCUACGUCGCCAAACAGCUGGUGGCACCUGCUGAGCCUAACGUGUCGAACUUGAGCGUCGGCGCAACGUACAACAACUCGCAAGUGAUUUUCAACGUCACCUUCAACAACCAGAGCAAAAGACGGUGCUUCAUCACGUACCAGCUCGAGUUUGACGGCCAAGCGAAGGUUGUGUCGAGUGGGGAUGCGGUGGCGACAGAAGUGACUGGGUCUUGUCCAAACUUAACCUUCGUGCUCACCCGCCUCUUCAUGGGGCAGCCUUGGGGGCCCAGCAGCUUGUACCAAAUCCCAGUGGGAGAAUUACCGGCCCCGGUAAUCAACCCUUCAGCACUCACCUACCACAUCACGCUUAAUUCGUCCGGAGGCGACUUGUCAUUCGCCGGCGUGAUUCAGAGCGAUCCAUGCAAUCUCAUCAGGGGCUUUGAGGUGACUUUGACAGACUCGAUGCUGGGCUACAACGACACCGUCAUUGAGGUGCCGAAACGCGACACCCACUUGCUCCUGCCCUGCCAAACAAUAGAUGUGUACGAGACGUUGCAAACAACCCUCCAAACCGUCGACGGAGUGCAGAUCAAUACGAACUUCCCGACCUUUAUAUCAUUUUUAACUGAUGACUACAACGUCAGGUUCUACGACAAAAUCCUUCAGACUUGUACGUCACUAUUUCCCACGCCGGUUUCUGCCUCCACGACCAACAUCACCGCCUUGUGUGCGGGGCUCGGACUGCAAUCUUUUGGCGAGGAGAUCUACUUGAAAAGCUUGGCUGGGAUUAGCCCAAUUGCCUACCCAUUUUGGCUCGACCUGAAGUUCUACCCUGACAGCGGCGAGUGGAAGUGGACCAGCAGCAUGAACGUCCUGCCCUUCAAUGCCAGCGCUUGGCACCACUAUGUGCAGCCAACAACCGCCUUGUGUGCAGGCUUCGAUUCGAGCGAGCGAUAUCUGGAGGCCGUUGAUUGCGACAGAACUCUAUUUGCAUUAUGUUUUGGUUAACAAAGGCCUGGACAUGAGAGGCAACAACAUCACGGCUGCUUGACUUCAGGGGCGCGCUUGGGACGGCCAUGCAUUGGACUACUUAAAUUUUGACGAAGGAUUAACUUAUAUUUUGAGGACGGAUAAGGAGGACGGAUAAGGAAGACGGAUAAGGAGGACGGAUAAA